GCGCGACGGCCGGGUCUCUUCGGGUGGCUUUGCACGCGCGGGCGCCGGCUCGAGAUCCUUGGAAAUGAUAAGUUGAUGUCACUGCAGCGUUUCCACCCUUUCCCACCCUCAUCCCUCCCUAGAGGUACAAAAUGGCAGCCAAGUUGAUGCAACGUUGCUAUCGACUCUUCGGCUUCUCGUCCCCCUUGUGCAUCCACACCAACGCGAUGUGCGUGGGGAGCAAGAUGGUCAUUUCCAGAGCACCGUCCCAAAUCCCUUUUGCCUCACUGAGAAUCCCAAGCUUCGUAGGACGAACAGACAAGCUCUCGGUCCAUGAGCAAGAGUAUAGAGCACCGCCCAACCGCGAGGAGAUGGAAGGUCUCAUCGGCUCGGCAUCCACCACAGAGGACCUCUUGAAUUUGGGGGAGCUUCACCCUCUCACUGCAAACCAGGCUGCCUUAAUAAUCACUCGCCUCUCCCGUGUAGUGGUGGGACAAAAACUGGAUCCUGGCAGCGUUUUAGAGGAUGCACGUUUCCGGCACCUGCUUCAGACAGUGCACAUGCAGAUCUCUCAGGUGUGGAACACGGCCCUCGUGAACCUCCUGAAGAGCCUCUCGUGGCUGGGCCUGGAGCAGAGGAGGGUGCGCUCGGUGGAGCAGGAGGUGCGGUGGCGGCUGAAGCGCUUGCCCUUCAAGCAGCUGGCCUCCCUGGCGGAUCACCUGGCCGCUGGCAUUCGUGGGGACGAGCAGAACGAGCUACUGAGUGACCUGCUGAAGCAACUGGAGCUGCGCUGGACAGAGAUCGAUGACACCCGGACCGUGGUCAUGCUGAUCGCCAAAGUGGGGGCUUUCUCUCCAGCCCUGAUGGACCGUCUGGAGGACAAGGCCUUGGAGUUGGCAGAGCAGUUCAGUCCCGAGGACACACGGAAAAUCGCCAUGGCGCUGGCGUUUCAGAACCGGCGGUCUGUCCCUCUGCUCCGGGCCAUUUCAUACCACUUGGUCCAGAAGCAUUUCACACUCAGCACCAACGUCCUCCUUGACAUGGCUUUUGCUUACGGGAAGCUGAAUUUCCACCAGACACAGGUGUUCCAAAAGAUCGCGUCGGACCUGCAUCCCCACGUGGCUAAGAUGGCGCAUUGGGACGUGGUGCGCUGCCUCAAGUCCUUCGCCUUCCUGAAAUGGCUCAAUCUGCCCCUCUUCGAGGCCUUUGCCCAAUACACAGUGGACAACGGCGACAAAUUCGAGCCUGUCCUUCUGAGCAACGUGGUCCUUGCAUUUGCUCGCCUGAACUUCCAGCCCAGCUGUGCAGAGGCCUUCUUCAGCGUGAUCCACGAACGUUUGGGUGCCCAUCUGGACUCCUUGGACCCAUUCCUGCUGGUGGACCUGGUGUGGUCCCUCUGUGUGCUGCAGCAGGCGAAGUCUCUCCACCUGCAAAAAGUGCUAGCUCCGGAGUUUCGCACUCGCUUCUUAGGUCUGCGCUUCCCGCGAGCCCCGCCUCCUUCGCCCCCCCCCGAGCUGUCACUCACGCUCCCCUCGAGAAGAAGAGGCCCCGCCCCCUCCGCCCUUACCGGGGUCCGCGAAGGAGCCGCCGCCCGGCGAAUGUCGCUGCCUGCCUUGCCCGUCCCCUGCGGCGAGCCCGGCCGGGAGGAGGAGGAGGAGGAGGGAAGGCCGAGGGAGGAGCGCGAGAAGCCGCCACCGCCUCAGGCCUCGCCCGCCGCACCCGAACCUGCUGGCUGA